AUGGCUGGGGCUACAGGAGAAAAUACGGAUAGCUCGGCGGCUUCUCCGAGGCAGCAAGCGAGCAGAAAGCCACCGAAAAAUCGUCUUUCGUGUCAGGUCACUCUUCUCGAUGGAACCGUCUUGAAUACAGAUCAUUUACAAGUGAGUGUGCUCAACGAAUUUUUUGCACAUAUUAAGUUUGGUUUGAGCUAUUUCUUUAACAUGUAUUCACUUAAAGGUUUAUCAUGUUUUAAUGGCUGUUGUAAUAGAAGUUUCAACGCUAAUCAUACUGUCACAAAUUCUGUUCUGACCAUGAAGUUGAGUUCUUGUUCUGUCGACGACUCCACCGCUUAAUAUUGGGAGUUUGAUUCAGGCGACGUACAGAAGUACUCCAGAUCUGAUUUUUCCUAAUACCCUACUACUAUUCGAGUUGUUCUCUAUCGGCAGAAGAGCGUGUUCCUUUAAGUGACUGGAAUGAAGAACAUGCUAUAUAAGGAAAUGGCAGUCUUCCAACCCUCAAGCUUGAAUUGAAACCGAACAAAUUUAGAUUUUGAUGUGGAGCAGUUUUCCGCAAACGCUCAUGCUGAAUAGGACAUUCCUUUUAUCGAACUGAUUCAUUUUCUUAAAAGAUAUAUUUAAAAAUUACUUGCUUUAUCCUGAGAUGUGAUGUUGUAGGGCCGAAAGAGAAACAAGAUGUUUUGUUCUGUUUGAUUGAAUUCGAAUAUACAAUUUCUAACAGUAUGAUUCAAGGGCAGUUAAAUUCUUCCCUUGUCAUGCUGUUAUAACCUCUUUGUCAGUCAGAAUUGCUGAUUCCUCCGGUGUGAUUGUUUGAUGUUUUUUUUUAUCUAGUCUACUGAGGUUGUCGUGGUGUUAAAAGGCACUUCGAUCCGAAUGUUUACUUGAGACGCACACUUCUCCUUUCUGCUCGUCACAUAUUAGACCAUAUUAUGAUGAUUUUAGAAGCUUUAAUUUAUCGUCGGUGAAUUAAUGUUGGCCUGGAAUUAAACCAAAACCGAAUUUAUCUAUUAAGGGCAGUUAUCCUACGUUAAUUCUCUCUUUUGUAAAAAAAUAAAUGAAUCAGCCUCUUGCAUGUUAGCUUACCUGUGCUUAACUUUCUCUCCUAAGAAAACUGCCAAAGGUAUGGACUUGAUGCUCUGGGUUACAACACAGCUGAAUAUUUCAGAAAAAGAGUAUUUUGGAUUACUGUGGCAAGACGGUAAAGGAGAAAAGGUACAAAGCAUUUGCUUGUUUAUGUUUCGGCCUAAAGUUAGUUUUAGCUUACAUGCACUUUAACUUUUUAAUACAAUGUAUCCUUAUACUAGUCUACUGAAGGUAAUACGUCCACCUGGUCGUUAAUCUCACAAUUGUUUUCCUCGAUUGAUGUUUAGUCUAGAUGUUUAUCAUCCAACUUUGGCCCAGAGAGCAUUAUAAAAAAUCGUUGCUCACACAAAACAAGGAAUUUUCUAGUUUGUUUUGUGUUUUGGUAGCAAAUAUUUCACAGUUCUCGUUGCGUGACUUCACAAUGUUUUUUUGCUAAUAGCGAAGAGAGAAUAAAAGCCUUUCAUGUGUGUACUCAAUAACUUCAUUUAAUAUUCCGUUUAUUCUUACUCCUCAGUACUGGUUGGAUCCUCAGAAGAAAAUAACAGCUCAGCUUAAUGGUAUGAUGUAUUAAAAUAUGAAUCGAAAUUAAUUAUUUCCAAUUCCUAUAAUUUUUUCCCACGUCUAAAACUCCUCCCUAACUAAAGAACUUUUGUCAUGCUAAUUUUCAUUUCACUACCCAGACAAUUUGAUUCCAAGAAUAUUGUUAAUAAACUUGUAAAAAACCUCGAACGAUCUCUUACUCUCUGUGGUAAAUUUUGUUGUUGGUUUUGUUUUUGAUAGCGUGUUCUACUUUGUUUAUAUUUGUAAACCUGUGAGGUCUUUAUUUUUCAUAAAUUGUCAAGUUCUUCAACUGCAAAUACUGAAUGCAAGAUUAUUAAGAGUGACAAGACAAAAUUAUUUGCCUCCGAUUUCUGACCUGAUCAAGUUUCAACAGCUAUUGUUAACCUAAACAGAUCAUAGUUUAACCUUUUAAGAGCUUUUGUAUUUUUUAAGGGAAGCUGUUGACAAUGCUUCCUUGCGUGGGUUAGCCUGUUUUGAAUACAGCAAUCUGAAAUGUGAGAUGCUUUGACCAAACUAAUCACCCAUGACCAGUAUUAUUCAACAUAUAGUGUAGGUGGUUUAUAAGGUGGUUGUGUAUUUUGGUGUGAAAAAAAAACUUUGCGUAAAUAAAUACAUGGAGAAUUCCCACUCUGCUUGCUUGUAGAUAAACAGUAAACAAGUUAGUAUCGUGUGUGUCAACAGCUUCCUGUAACACACUGCGGCUUCUUGUGUGGUACAGUCCACCUUUUUGCGGUGUAUCCUAACUGUUGAAUUUUGCAUCAAUAUAGCUUGUCAGAUCUGUAAUGAUGAUAGAUUGUGGGAAAUUGUUUUUUGCCAUACAUUCUUAAUCAAAUGAAAAUUAGAGAUAACUGAUUCUUUACUCUUUAAUUGCAAGGUCACGAUUUGUUUUUUUAUAUUUUGUUCCCUUUUAAUUAUAGGAGUUUAUGAUACUGUUAAAAUUUUAAACUUUCUCCUUGGAGUAGCUGUAUAAGAAUGAUCUCACAAUUUGUUUGUGUUUGAGAAAUGUUUUUUCCGGCGUGUAUAUUGUUCUUUAUUUUCAUCUUUGACGUCAGCCUAUGAGAAAAUUCUUGUUUUGAUUAAGAAGCAUUACAGAUUUGUAGCAUAUUGCUCAAUUUGUUAUGAAUUAAUAAUUUUAGUAAAUCUGUGUGGAAAAUGUUUGUUCAAUUUUAUGAAUUUUGUUAUAAAGGGACAUUUUUUGUGAGGUUGCAAAUAAUGCUGGAAUAUUGUAUUUUUACUUUGAUCCUUUGCCCAUGAUGUCAAGUAAAUGAGUGCGGAAAACAAAACUGGAUCAACAAAAACCCUAAACACUUCCUUCAAAUCCUUUAUGCAUUACAUGUGUUGUAGUUCAAAGUUUUCUUUGGUUUAAAAAUUUGCCAGCUAAUAUUACUUUAAGUUUAAUUGUUUGCCCUUGUCUCAAGUCAUGUUUCAAUAAACUAAAUGGUGCUGAGACAAAGGAAAUAAAAUCUAAACUGGUUUGAAAUAAAGAAAAUGUUUUUAAUACCAAAUAUCCAUACAAGUAUAUAAAUGAUAAAGAUAACAGAUGUGGACAUCAAAAACUUUUGAAAUUUUCUGCACUGUUUCGCUUUAAGAUUGAAGGUCUUUAGGUUUAAUAUUUAACUCCUUAGUUCUGUUCAUUAAUGGCAAUUGUUUUCUAAUUAGCUCGAAGUAUAAUAUUAGACUUGCAGACUGAAUGAUACAAUAUUAUUUUUUGGUUUUGAAGGUGCUCAGCCCAACUUUGCCUUUGUGGUUAAGUUUUAUGAACCAGUCCCAUCUCACAUCAAAACAGACUACACCAGGUAACUCAGUCCCCUUCCCCAGGGAUUGGGGGAGGGAUGUAUGAAAAUAAUGCUAAUCAUUUUCUGCUUAGAAUGGCUAACUUGCUUAUUUUUAUUCAUAAGGGUGGAAUUUAAAAGAUACUACACAGCCCCAUUAUUCUUGCUACGAAAGUCUCCCAAAAGGGUACAAAGAGUGUGUACAGCCACCCCCUCCCCUCAGACAAAAUCGCCCCUUGGCAGCCCAGUUAAAAUCACCUUUUGGUGAUUCUUGUUUUCUUUUAAUCUGUUUAUUAUCAGCCGUUGCAGCUAUGACUUUCAGGGGACAUCAUACAUGUAACUGGUGACCAAACUUGUUUGGUCAAGAAAGAUAAGGAAAUAUUGGCAGUGCUCUUUUUUUGUGUAUUUUUAUGAAUGGGGUCAAAGUCAAGGUUGAUAAAAACCUAAAAUAAGAAUAGGGCCAAUAUCUAUCUUCACUGAACAGCCCAAACAAGCUGUGGUCAAACAAGACAAUGAGUGUUAAUGAAAACUGUAGUGGGGGAAGCAAGAACAUACAUGAUUAUCAUAAGUGAACUUUUGACUAAAAAACUGCAUUCACCACUGGAGCCCUUUUUGCCUAAAAUCUUUUCUGAAAUCUCUUGUUGCAUGGGCAAGAAACCUGAGAAUACUGGGUAUAAGAUAUUGAUAUUGUGCAUAGCCCUGUAGUUAAGGACAGUAAAAAAGUUGGUACUCUUCCAAGGUUCCCUUAUCAAGCAAAAUCGUCUGCCCCUGGUGGCUUGUAUUACCUCCCAGGUUGUUGUUCUUAGUUUUUAUUAAGGAUUUAAGUUGCGGUUAUUUUAGUUAAAAUAUAUCCCUAAGAAACAGUAUAAUUCACUCUUGAAAAACCUAAGGAAAAAGGUUUUUUAGGCAGUAACAUAUGUACAUUGUAUUUCUCUUUGAUUAAAAAAAUUUUUAAUUUUCUGUUUUGUACCAGUCUUGAAAUUUUUGGCUUUGUUUCAGGUUCAUGAUCAUGAAAACUGUAUGAAAGAUGGCAACAGAUUAAUGUCAUGUCGCUUUCUUGAAGAGCUGUAAACCUUUGCACAUUGUACAAUGCAAAUUAAUGUUGCUACACAGAACAAUUACCAGACAAAUUAUCAUAUUAUUUAUAAGGAUUUCAAUAGUAUCUUCCUUUUAAUUUAUGCUAAAACCUAUGUUGUGUAAUACACACAAACCCAAAUAAAUGAAGGUGUGUGUGGAAAAUGGCCCAGUUGACUUGUGAUAACCUGGUAGUUUCUCCUGACAAAUUACCUUGUACGUUGUACACCUUGUUGACUGAUUCCUUGUAAAGUACAUUGUAUGGAUCUCAAGUUUCUAAAGGUGUUUUGUUUUUCUUUUGCAACUGUUUCCAAGGUAUUUGAUGUGCAUGCAGUUACGUGAUGACAUUAACUCUGGAAGGUGAGUUCUGGGUGACUUACAUGACUUAGUAUCCUGUAUUGCAUCUUUUGCUUACUUUAUAAUGAUGAAGGUUCUGAGAGAUGGUUUAGAUAGGCUCUGAGUUGGUUGAGUGACAGAUCCUGUUUUCUCUCUAUCUUAGUGAUCACAUAUCUUUAAAUAAAUUAUAUUGAUAUGAUAUUUUUCAGGUUACCAUGUUCAUUUUACAAUCAAGCACUUCUUGGAUCUUAUGUAGUGCAAGGUGAGGUGAAAAUGGGGAUUGAAUAUUGAUUAAUCAUCUGUGCCAUAGCUAAAAUGCAUUAAAGAAAGAAGGAAGAUUACCAUUAUACAGAGGACUUGUCAUGGAAACUCUGAAAACAGAAGAACAUUCAGUAUUAAUUUUUUUUUUAUUUACUUUGCCUGUUGGUACAAGAAAAUAGUUACAAGUAUACAUUAAUGGAUAGCUAGUGAGACUAUGCUAUUCUGUAGUUGGAACAAAAUACCGUACAAUCUGUACACCAUAUAACCCAGCCUCAUCUAAAUUACUGUAAAUUGCUUGCUCAAUAAGUAACAAGGAAAUGGAUAUCAGAACUUUGAGAUUUGUGCAUUAGGUAUUUUCUUGUAUGCUGUAAUUGCUUUUGUCUGAUUUUUAUGACUGACGUGUGUUUGUGCGCAGGUGAUGUUGGAGAUUAUGAGGCACGUGAUCAUGGUGAUGAUUACUUGGAUGGAAUGGUCUUUGCACCCAAUCAGGUAACACAAAGUAGCACUUAACCCUAAAGCAUUACAGAAAAACUGGUUAAUAAUAUACAUGUACAUAAUAUCUGUGUUAGUUUUGUACAUUAAAAAUAGAAGACAAUAAAAGUCUAAAAAACACACAAAAAAAAUUAAAGAACGCUAAAGAAUUUGUUGCAGUUUUUCACUAUUUACCGGUACUUUGUUAAAUUUUGUACAUACAAAAUUGUGACAGUAAAAAGUUCAAAACACUGUCACAGAAAGUAGUUCUUGCAAGAUUUCACAAACUCAAAAUGUGUAGGGUGUCUUUUAGUACUGUUAUUACCAGGUUGUUCAACAAGAAAGUUUUACUACUACAAAUUGCUAGUUGCUAGUUUUCAUCUGAAUUGUACUUCCUUAUUCUACAUAUUAUGCCAUAGAAAAGUAUCAUUAUUGAUUCUGUUAUCACAAUUUUGUUUAGACACCUGAAUUAUUGGAAAAAAUCAGGGAACUUCACAGGGAAAAUAGGUGAGUAAUUGUACUUUACAUUAGAACUAAGUUACUAUUCCACAACUUGUGUAUAUCUUUGGUCAUACAGCUGUUAUUUCAAAUCCAUGUUAAAUAAGGAAUUUAGCUCAGAGAGACUCCAAAUUAGUUUGAAUUUUAUUUUUCACUUUUCUGUUAGAUUCCUUUUAAACCAAAGCAAGGGUUAAUUUGCAUACAGUACAGUCAACACUUUCUGUCAGGCCCCAGUUCACUUGUUCAAGGGUAAUAACACUAUCCACUGGAUAGAUUUUUUUCAUUUGGAUAAGGCAAUUGUUCCCCUAAUUCUUAUCCACUGGAGAGUGACUUAUCCGGUGGAUAAAAGCACUGUACAACACUUGAAUGACCAUGCCAGGUGUGCAUCUGUCUCUCUUCCAGACCUGGCAGUGUCGAACAUAAGAGAUGCUCAGUGGUUAACUGUGGAUUGGUUAUUUUGUUUGUAGGGGUCUUAGCCCUGAAGAGGCUGACUCGCAGUACUUGAAGAUUGCAGCUUCCAAACUUGUUAUGUUUGGCGUUGAUGCUCAUCCUGCCAGGGUAUGGGUAACCUUUUUUAUGUCCAGUAUUCCUACUACAUUGUAUACCAUGUUAUGUUAACUCCACUUACAAAUUAGUACACUUGAGGAAAAACAUUGAUGGUGUGCUUCAAUAAUGUUGUGUAUGACACUUGGCGGCCAAGACUAAGACUUGACAGACCUAAUCCUACUUUUGUUUCUUGUUGGGUGUCCUGUGAAUGUACUGGGGAUAAAAAUCAACAACAUUUGGUGGACGUUCUCUGUCACGCAAAUCUACCCCAGGCCUUCAUUUUCCUGCAGGAAAAUAUCAUACACUUCCCCUAUUACCUUCAAAAAUCCUUGAUAUCACACAAAUUCUCUGCGUUUAAAUGAAAGUGAUAUAUCAACACACUCAGUAAUAAUUGGUGUCUCAAAACCAGGUGACAUGACUUAUGAAUUGGAAUCUAAAAUGCACUUUAUUAAUCUGUGAUGACUACUUUAAGUCAUAAAAAUACAUAGGCAAAAGACAAUUCCAAGCAAGAAUGAAGAGAAUUAACUAGCACCUUUAGUAAUAGUCAUACCUAGUAUUUACCACUUACAUGUACAUAAAUGUACAUGUAUUAUAAUAGUAAAGGAAAGGGAUCAAAACCCACCAACCAUGAGCAAGGUUUGUGAUACACCAAUCACUAACAACCAUGGUGGUACAAAUAGUUUGACUCAGUAAAUUGACACUAUCCCCUGAUGAAGACCUGCAGUGUGCAGUCGAAACGUUGUGAUCAAUAUCAAAGUGACAGUACUGAGAUAAAUGAUGAAACUAAACCCUUUAAAAGAAAACUGAAUCAAUGCAACUUUCUUGUUCUAACUUCUUUUCCAAACAGUGUUAUUUUUGUGUUCUUGUGAAUAGUAUGGGAGAAAGAGGAAGGAAAAAAUACUUUGUGAACUACUUCUUGUUUAGUUUAAACCUUAGGUUUUUAUAAUAAAUUAGCAAUUUUUUUCACUUUUGUUAUCUACAUUUGUUUAGGAUGGACAAGGCAAUGAGAUAUUGAUUGGUGUUUCACAUGAAGGAGUGGCCACCUACAAGGAUCGACUAGUGGUGAACAGUGUCCCUUGGUAAGAACAGAUUAUCUUGACAUUACAGGGCAUGGUGCCUUAUUGAGGAGGGGGGCAAGGGUGCAUGAUGUUCAUUGAAUUUAACACUUUGCAAUGGUGUUUCUGAAAUCCAUUAGGAAUCCCAUUAAGAUGGAAUCCAUUAUACACCAAAGUUCUCCUGAGUAUAUCCCAGACAUCCAAAGACUUGAUUUUCUUUACAUAUACAACAGGCACUGUUUCAGUAGGUGAUGCCGUGUCCUAGACUUAGACCCUUGGAACUUUUUAUCACUCCUUAUACUAAAACUAACUGAUCAGAAAUGUGCCCUUUAUAGCAAUACAAAACUGGUCUUUCUUGCUUUAUGAAUACAUCUAUCAGGAAACUAAUGGCAAUGUUCAAACCUGUCAAAGGUUUGUUAAGGCUUGUCAAUUGUUUUUUAUUGUUAUGGAUGGUGGAAAUUGUAAAGUAUUGAGAGAUGUCUUUUAAAGCUGCAAUUAAUUUUGAAUUUAGGAAGUUAUAACUUAAGAUGAAUUUCAUUAAUUUUAAAGGCUCAUUAGAGCUUUUAUUCUCCAAAUUGGGAUAAAAUUUGCGUCUGAUGAUGAGUCAUGAAUGUUUACAAUACAAUGCCAGAGAGUGAAAUAAACUUCCUUAGUGUAAAUAAAAACAUUCUUUGAGCUGCUGUUAGCCCUCUGUAGCCUCCCACAUGGAUAGUUAUUUUUCGACUUCCUCCCGCCAUUAAAGUCUGCUGAACAUUCAAAGGUUUUAGCAAGUACAGAAAGUCUUCCACUUUCUGAUAAACAGGACUUUGACAAAAAAUAUUUUGUUGUUACCAGCAGUGGUUUAAAAAUAAAAAUAAACUGAAUGCUACGUGUAUUCUUCAAAACGUUUUGAACAGUAUCUUUUGAAAGGUUUGCACAGCCAUGUUUCAAAACCUCCAAAUAGUGCACAGUCAGUACUUGCAUUUAAAAUGUAUGUUACAUACAAAAAGCCACACCAUGAAUAUAAGGUAAACAUCCAUGCCAGCCUACGCUUCCUUUCGGGCUAAGUAUUAUUCUGGAAUUACGCUUAAACUCUGUAGGUGUCAAUUGCAAUUGUUAUAAUAUCAAUGCAGCUCACUAUGAGAACCUAAGCAUCUGCCUGGGGGGCUAUUUUUCUCCAGAUUUGGAUUAAUUUUGCACCCCAGGAUAAGUCACAAAGGGUAACAUUCCAGUGUUAUUUUGAUGACAGAAGUGAGAUGAACUUAGUGUAGACACUCUAAUUAAGGUGCUAUUAACCCCCAAGGUCAUCAACGCUUUAGCACUUCCUUACUCUCAUGUUGGACCAAGAAAUAUAGGAAGUCUGAUCUAAAUUUAAGUUUUCUGUUUCGGAACAUGUUUUAGUGAUUUCUGAUUAAAUCUAUUUGUUAUUAAUUUUAUGUGCUUUUUAACUUGUGUAGGACAAAGAUUGUUUAUGUCAAGUACAGAAAGAGAAACUUUAUUGUUAAAAGCCAUCCAGGGGAGGUAAUGGCAGAUUUUUGGUUUUACCCUUUUUUGCAUCUAGUGGUUUAAUUUUAUUAUUAUUAUUAUUACCUCGUACUUAUUAUUUUUAGAUAAUAUUACUAUUGUAAUAUUAAAUAAACCAACAUUCAGGAUUUGCCCCUUCUGCAGAGCUGAUAUCAAUGUGGCUUCUAAUAAAUUAUUUACAAAUUAAAAUACUGAUAAAGAAUACAACAAAAUAUGACUACUUUGAGCCCUGCUCACAAGAAAUCGUCCAAUUAAUGAUCCUUAGCAUCUAAUUGUUAAGGUAACAAUUUUUCUUUUGUAAGAAAAAAGGGACAGACUGUGUCUUGAAAACAAAUCUGCAGCUGUAAGGGUGUGUUGCUAAGGAAUUCUUGGAUUCAAAAGUAUACUUCUUCAUUAAUCAAAAAACCUAAAAAUGGCCUUUUACCAACUUUUUCACCUGAUUUGACAUGAAAUAGACAGAUUUGGUUGUUUUAUCCUGAAAAGUGGAUUUUUUUUCAAAAAGUUUGGUACUUUGCUUAACCCAUUCGCUCCUGGAGGUUUUGCCGAAAAACACGUUUUGAAGCUAGUCGAGUGGUUUUCUGGUCACUGUCAUGCUAUAAAGAGCUAAAACUUACCACAAACCGGUUUACAGGUCGUACACUUCACGGCCUUCUGAUCCAGAUGCAAAAUAUCAGCUUGCGAAGUUCGGGCAUGCCCAGAAAGCAAAAUUUCGAGAUUGGGUUUAAAAGUGACACAGCAGUCUUGACUUUUACUUUUAGCUCUCUCCUCCCCUCUUUUUUCGCUUUUCUUGCCUCAUUUUUUUUUCUCUUGCUUGGCAUUUAGUAGGCUUCAUUUUGGGGGUAAUAGUUUUUAGGAAAGCUUUUAGGAUCUUAGGAUUAGGUGAAAGGAAAGGUAGGUGGGCAAUGGAACAAGAUUUUCAUGGAGAUUUUCAGGUCAAUGUUACAUGGUUGUUUGCCUCUUUCUCCGGUGUCCUUGACUGAAUUGUGCUCAUUCUGGUAUGGUUUGAAAGAUCUCUUCACUCUGCACAAGUUAGCAGAGGAAGUUGUCCUUGACCGUUAAAACUGAUGACGUCACAAAGGGUAGAAAGGAGGUGGAUCAGCACGGGCAGUUACGGGCGGUUCAGGGGCGAAUGGGUUAAUCCCAAAGUGGAUUUUGAAAGCAAAGAAUACUCUGAAUGGAAUCAUUACAUUAUUAUUUUCCAUGGUUUUAGGAUUUUUUUUUUCUUUUGUUGAAACAAGUUCAUUGCUACAAGUUCAUAGAAUCUGAGAUGAUGAAUCUAAUAUUGGCUUCUCCCAAAGUAAUUUUCCCUUAAGAAACAAGGUGUUUAUUACUUGAAAUAAAUAUGUCAGAUCUUUUAAGGUUCAUGUAAAGUAAGUAGUUUUAUGCCAUAUAGAUCACAAAAUUAAUAUAAACCACAAACCAGAGCAUUAUGAGUACUUUCCUUGUGCUAGUGUAUCAUUUUGAUUAGCUUUUGGCCAUUGUUCUUUAUUUUUUUGUUUUAUUAUUAUUAUUAUUAUUAUCUUUUGAUCCAAUUAUUGUAUAUCUAAUUUUUAUAGAAAUUUUGUUCAGUCAGGUUAAAUACAUGUGGGUUGUGGUUUUGAUGGCUUAACACUGUCAAUAGCCUCCUUUUGGCUUAAGCAAGUAACUAGGCCUCAGGGGGUCAACUAACAUCUUUUUUUCUUUUACUCAGCUGGAGACAUUAACCACUACUGCAAUUUAUAAAUUGCCGAGUGAGAAAGCAUCAAAACGCUUGUACAAAUCAUGUGUUGAACACCAUACAUUUUUCAGGUAGUGAGUUGCAUACCUUACUGUAGAAUUACAGUGUAUUUGUGAGCACAUUACUGUUUUUGAUGGCUAGACCAUAAUCUUGCAAGAAAUUAUAUCUUUGCACAUUUUAGCACUAAGGUUCAUUCCUAGAUAGAAUACUUUUAUGUCGCUCUGAUUAUUAACUUUUACAAUACCCCCAUGAAAAGUGCUCUGCAAAAUAAUAGGGUUAGCUUAACAGAGGACAUGCUAUUUGUUUGUAAACAAUUUUGUGUUGUGGGCAUUGUAAAGUGGUGUAAGUCCCCCUGCCCCCCAUCGCUUUUUUUCUAGCAUUAUUAUGCACGUUUAUUAAAAAGACUUUAUAUGGGUAACAUCAUUACUGGUAUCACAGUAGUUUGCAUUGUAGAGGACAGAAACUAAUAACGAUAUGAACAUAUAAACAUGUAACAAUCCUAACUGGUAGCCAGAUGCAAACUAGUUGGCUACUUACAACCCUGUUGGAGGAGUUGAACAUGGGACUACUAUUUAAAUAACAAAUAAUCUAAUUAGCACUCAGGGCGUGACAGACUCAGAGCUGCAUUCAGGGUCUCCAUAUUGCAAGUUUUGAUCUCUUACCACAUAGCUGCGCUUCCUCCCUUUACCAAAUUCUUUUACUAUUACAAAACAAAGAACCAUUGUGAUUCAGAAGAAAUUUUCCUUCUAUGGGUACACACUAGGGCCCAGACCACAUCUCAAACUUUCAAAAGGUUGAGACAAACCUUCUCAUUGAAGACUUGUGCUUGUUUCAUAUUGACAGACUAACAUUUUCUGACCCACCACCGUCUCGAAGUACCUCACUCUUAAAGAUGGGCUCAAAGUUCCGUUACAGUGAGCGUACUCUGUACCAGCUGCAUAAGGAAGGACACCCAGUCAAAGAACAGCCAAAAUUUAAUCGUGUUUCAAGCCUGAACUGGUCUCGUCGUUAUCAAAUGCCUUCUCUGUCAGAAACUAGGAUUUAUGUGGAUGAAAAAGAUGAUGAUCCCAGAAAGAGACCUCUCUCUGAAGGAGAUUUGCCAUUAAGGGCACCUUGGUUGUCAAAAGGAGGAAAGGUGAGUCUGUUGGAAUAUUGAGACUCUUGAUAAGUAUUUUCGAUGAAAUUGAUGUUUUGACAGGUAAUAUUGAUGAAAUGGCGAUCUUAACUUGAAGAUUAAAGUGACAAUCGCAUUGCCAUUCCGAUCAAGUUUGACAUCAUUAGUCGUCUAAUAAACAAAAAGAAAUCAUUAAAUUUGUCGCUUUUCUUAUUAUCUUGUUUCCUUUGUCCUGGUCGUGGCUGCGCGAGCUCCCUAGUUAUGUUACCAUGACUUGAUUGAAAACGCUCAAUGAAAAUAACAUCUGCAGGGAACCAAAGCGAGGGUCAAUAUUGUUGCACAGUAGAAUUACAGCCACGCUCUGUUAUACAUGGCUAGUAUUCGUGAAAAUGUCAUUUUAUGUGAAUUGUUGUACGUCUGAACAACCGUAUUUAUUCGAAUAAGCGUCCAACCUCGAAUAAGUGCUCACCCCCCUUCCCCCUCCCACCCAAAGAAAAUUAAGUGCACGAGAGUAGUAUUGAUUAUUAUUUAUUCACUGGCUUACAAUCUCUAGAUUCAUUGUCUUGGAGAAUGUUGGAAUUUUCCUUAAAGUUUCAACUCAAAUGUCUAUGUGGGCGUAAAGUUCUUUCAGCCGCAAUAUAUCUCACUCAAAACUCGUGGCAAUAGCUCUGCUCGGCAUUCGUGCUUUGAAUGAUCCUGGGACAACGAGUCCAUUCUCAAGCCUUCUUGAUCCUGUAACUUUUACAGAAACCUCAUUAUCAUCGUAAGCUCUCAGAAAUGUGUAGAUAAGAGAAGACAGUUCCAUUGGUACAUGCCCUACAAGCUCAUUAUUAGCGAAACAACAAAAUGAAACAACCAAAACGAAAACGAACUGUUGAUGUCUCUUGAUAGACCUGCCAAAGGCGCAGGUCAGUGGUACACCUAACCGCGCCCGGUUGGUUUAUGAUCUCCCCCUCUUCCCCGCCCUCCGUUAUCCGUAGCACCUCUCAACAAAGAGCAGUAAAGUUUUUUUUUAAGUUUGCUAUUUGCCACUUCUGUGAUUACUUGCAGGCUCCACAUGUGAUAGAGGAGUCAACAGACACCAUGACACCAGAGGAGCGGGAACAGUAUCAAAGAGAGAUAGCAGAUAGAUUACGCAGACAACAGGCAGAAGGAGGCCAAGAUGUGAUCAGGGCCACUGGGGUUGGUGAGGGUCUUGGUUAUGCAUAUGGAACUGCUGAGAGGCGAGACCCACAAGCUACAGUCACUGCACUGGAAGAGGAAGCUAGAAGACGGGAGAAGGAGAGAAGGGAAGAGGAAGAAAGGGAGAGAGAAAGGCAAGAAUGGAAGAGGCGUGAGGAAGAACGCCUUGAACGAGAAAAGGAAGCUGAGAGAGAGAGAAGGCUGCAAGAAUGGAUUGAAAGUGAAAAGAAAAGGUGAUAGUUGCUUUAUUUAUUCUACAUUGUUCUUUAUCUCUUUUAGUGUGCUCAGGUUCAAAUAGGCUUCCUGUUUUUGUCUUUUUAGAGUACAAGAACCACCUGAGGUGGCAGGCAUGGCUUACACAGCGCCUGGUGGACCUGCUGAGAGGUAUGUGCACAGAUUUCAGUUUUGGACAUUUUCGCCGUGAAUAAGAUCUUAAGCUUGAGAAAACAGCCAACAUUUUGCAAUGCCGCCGUGGUUUCCGCACGAUAUGAUGUCUGAGUAACGCCACAGAAAUUCCAUACUGGUGACGUGUCACUAGUCAGUUCUGGGUAGUGCUUCUGAUUGGUUGAAGCAAAUUUCCCUCACAGCACGACCAGUCAAAAGCACUAGCCAGGUCUGGGUAGUGGCAUGUCAUCAGUACGGAAUUUAUGCAGUUGUCCCUCAGAUGUCUUUUCUUACUCUAUAGUGCAUCGACUAUUAAAGAUGGACAUGUACAGGUUCUUAACUAGCCUCACGUCUGUCUGAGUCUUGAAUAAGGAAUAAGGUAUCCAAAAAAAAAGAGAGAAAGGAAAAAUAAAUAAAUAAAAUAUUCAAAUUAUAGAGCAACAUAUACGAUGAAGGAACUGAAGAAAGAGGAGCCUGAGAUGGUGAGCGUGGGUAUGGCUACCCCCAAGAGUGGUGUGGACACCAUUAAGAGAGCUGAAACGAGGGUUGCUGACACGGAUACAUACAAGGGACGUGUCCUUAAGUUGCCAGAAUCUGAAAUGGUAAGAUGUUGUGGAUUACCCUUUGAUUUUAGAGUUGAGGGCCCAGUUCCAUGAAAGAUGAUGAAGUUUAACCCAGGAUCAAGCCAAAUUUUAAGCAAGGUUUUCUUGGCUAAGAACAUGCAACUCAAAAUAUUGUUGAAUCUUUACUCCCAGAUACAGUAAUGAUAACAAAUCAUGUUACUAUCAGCAAUACAAUGAAAGGUAACAUGCAAAAACGGAACAAAAUUUUAAUUCUGUAUUAGCGCUAAUUGGCCUUUCAGCAAUGUUCUUAGCAGACCGCGGCAAUGCGGCAUUGACGCACUUUUUGGGGAAAUGCCGCAGUGUAAUUAGCCCAAGGGGGCCAAAAGGCGCAAAGACCCGCUUUUCUCCCUCAUGACCCCCUUUUUGCUUCUCUAUGGCUCCUGUGGACCCCAGUGUAGAAAGCCCUGGCGAGAACAUUGUUCAGGAAUCACAGUUCGUUUUGGCUUCCUCAGUACUUACAUGGUGUGAUUCAGGGACCCGUUUCUCAAAAGUAUGGAUCCCUGAAUACACGAUUCUGAGAAACUUAUACUGGUUUACAGUUAUGAUCCACUGACCACAACUGUUUGUUUGGCAGGGCCCUGAAUUUUCCAGGACUAAUACUUGGGGUGGUGGAAAAAGAGGAGAAGAUAAUGUCACUUACACCCGCACCUACACCAGUGCAACCUUACCCAGCCGUGGAGCGAGGAAGGGUUAUGACAGUAGCAGUCAGCCUGAGGAGGAGAGGAGACGUAGUGCAGAGGAUCUGCUGGAUUCUGAUGGGAGUCGUUCUCGAGGCAAGGUUCCUCUUGUGACAAAGGAUGAGCUAGUGAGGAGUUACACAUCUGGAUCAACUAGCAGCGACACGCUUAGGUUAGAGCCUCCACAGCACGAGAUCAGGCGAUCCCUUAAAGAAGAUCUUAACUUAGAGCAUGAGCAAGGUGAGGGUGGCUUUGUACGAGAGAGCAUCAGAAGAAAUGAGGGCUUUAUCCAGCGGCAAUCAGUGCGCAAUGAUCUUGAGAGUGCUCCACCAGAGGUGACUACGCGAACCAUGGUAAUAAACAGUGAAAGAGAACCAACAGUGUAUCGGCAAAACCAACCUCCUGAGGUACAGACCCAAGUCUUGUCAUUCGGAGGAUCUCAAAACGGAGAUCCAGGAACUUACCAAGGUACUCGCUAUCGUUAUAACGCCUCUUCACCGGCUAGCUCACCUGAGCCAUAUGCACCACAUACAAGACACUACAAUGUGCCCAGCGUUACCACACAGAGAGUGGUGUAUGACCAAAAUGGACCACCAGUUAGCCCGCCUUCCAGGGGUUAGUGGAAAUUGUUUUGAUCCAACAUUUUUCUAACACACUAACUGUGCACUGCACUGUAACACCUUGAGAAAUGUUGGCUUUCAAACUGUUUGGUUUAACCUGGUCCAUUCGUGGUUCAUAACAUGCUUUGAUUGCUAAUCAAAGUAAUCACAUUUAACCAUUAACCAUUCUCUGCAUGGGCAAGAAAGUCAGAGCGUUCGAUAACAAUGCAUUUCCUCAAGAACAUAGAGAUAUUUUUUACGAUGAAAUGUUCUCGUUAGUUUCUUUUCAAGAAUGGCCGAUUUAUGUUAUUCCAGACUAAAUCUGUGUCAGGUACUUUUAAAAUGAACUUGCCUUUAAGGCUUUUGAAGCUUGAAACUUGAAGCACACAAAUGAGAGAAAUUUGUACCCAACAUCACAGGGAUUCUUUGCCUGAUGCAACUUACACGUAAUACCCUUUUAAAUGUACUUUUGAUAACUUGAAUUAACGUUUAUUAGUUCUUUGGUUAUUAUUACAAGGUAUUUUUUUAACGUUUUGGCAAUAACCAAGCUUACCAUUAACCUGACCACGUUUACCAUUAAUUUGAUCAAAACAUGUACAUUUGAGUGAAAUUGAAGUCAUUAUAUAUGAAAAUAAGAAAUGACCCUAUCAAAUGCGACAUAAUCUGGAAACAAUACAUGCACUAUCCUGUAUUUCUGGACAUAAAUGAAAGUGUGUGUAGAUGCAAAGAAUUUAACCUAGGGGUUGGUAAGUGUCUCGUAAUAGACAUUAUGUAGGUUGCAAGUAGAGACAAGUUCUUUUCGCUUGUUCUUAUAACAAGAUAAACAACAACCUGUAUGUACAUCCACAUUUGAAGGCUAAAAUAUGUACAUACUGCAAAUGUCAAUCACUUUAAGGAUUGUUGAUGUUCAUUGAGACCAUUGAACAGCAAUAAUCUUGGUAUGGGGUAAGGACCUUUGAGUCUCGGAAAGAUGCAGUCAGCCAAGAAUGACACUUCUACGCUAAAACGUAAUCAAGCAAAGUUGCUUUAAUUUAGACUAUUUUUUGGCUCGGAAAGAAAUGGAGAAUAAUUAAAAAACAUGAUACCUAGCCUUCAAAACAAAAUGUCAUUUACUUGUAAAAAGAGCACCAGUUAAUGUAGGGCUACCGACUGGGUACUGAUUAGCCUGCAAGCAAGCGAGCCAAGUGCGCGAGCCGCGAGAGGACGCGCAAGCGAGUGACUCGCGUCUCCUUUCGCGUGACUUCUCGCGACUCUCCCAAAUCCCUCGCAUGCUAGGUACUGUACUGAUUGUUUACGCGUAGAGCAAACUCAAAGGAAAUAUCUGGAUAUGUUGUGAUCUGCAGGAACGCAGGACGGUGGCACGGUUAUCACUCGUACUUUCAUGAUGGGAGGUGCUGAACCCAAAAGGACAGAAACCAUCCGUCAAACCACCAUGCCGACUGAAAUUAUCCAGAAGACCAUUACUAUUGAGGGAGAUGGGGAUCAAUUGACAGCAGAAGAGUUGAGAGAUAUCAUCUCUAAACAUGCAGGAGAUCUUGAGAGCAGUGAAGUGGUUACCACGGUAAGUUUUCAUUAACCAUUAUUCUACCAGAAGUAAAAAAAAAUCAGAAUAAUUGCAAAUGUCUUUUUUGUAAAACCCGAAGAAAUAGAUAGCACGAUGCCAAGUUCUUCCCAAGAGGUUUCAUGUGAAUGGUAACACCAUGGGAUUUGGUCCACAAAUAGAAACGUUGUGAUGGCAAAUAAAUCACCUCACCUUAACUCAUUUGGACUAUUCGUAGUCCCUGUUUUCCUAAGAUUGUCAGGAUGGAGCGCUUACCGGCCAUCCUGCUCUCGGUAAAUUUGAAACCAAAAUGGCCGCCCAUGAGGGGUGGUACUUAAUCCCGACCAUCUUACGGAAAGAAUAAGGGACUUUGAACAGUAAUUAACUCAUUGGAAUCCUGACAAAUGUUGUCUGAAACCAUUUUCAGUGCACUGAACAGGGCUAUGGCACACCAUUUACUAUCUUUUUAAAAAGCUAAAAUGAGUCUUCGUAUUAAUUGAAUUCCAAAAUAAUAGUCCAGUGUUAUUGUUUAAGACUAUUUAGGGCAUCGAAACUGUUCUCUCUUUUCAAGUUUUAAUGCUAUGCGUCUAACAAUCAUUAAAAAACUAGGGUUAAUGCUCCCUGAUAAAUUGUGUUUGAUAUCCUCAGAAAUCCACAGGAGCAUUUUGCGUAUGGGUUAAAGCACUACAUGUAGCUAAUGACUUUAGCGCGGAGUUGACCCAAGACAGCAUUGUAUUCGUGGUAUAACCCUUUUGAUUGUUAAAUGUAUGGUCAUAUGAAAUUCCAUUAAGAACAUGAAGUUAUUUUUAUUCCUUUCUUAGACUUACACAACUAGAGUUCAAGAAGUAAAGCAAACCAAGACAGUGACGGAGACACUGAGAGUUGUGGAUGACGAUGGAAACAUUAUAAAAACCGGUGACCCUGACACUGAUGCUGUAAGUGGGAUUUUUAAGACUGUUUACGAAAACACCGUUUUACUGAAUCGUUACCAGGUGGAAGAAGCCUUUGAAGUUGUAAACGCCUAAGUGUUGUGUGUUAACCCAGAUUCACAUGCUGUUUUUUAGGCUAUUUUGGAAGCCAUCCAACGAGCCAGAGAGGAAAAUCCUAACGCAAAAAUCACCGAGGUUGUAAUAACAAGAACAGAAGAUGAAAGUUCUGCGUGAAUGUGAAAACGGUAAGAAGCUAUUUAUGUAAUGAUUAUUAAAUGAACCCGAAAACAUGGUAAUCGAAUUAUAUAUGGCAUAUGAGCACCGUUAUUAUAGGCGUUCUGUGAAAAGUAAGGGAAUUUUUUAGAAAUUCAGGGAAAAUCUUUGAUAUUGUCAAAGUCAGUGAAAAGUCUGGGAAUUCUGUUUUCCGGUUUAUAGUUCAUAAGUUUUCUUCAAGAUUUAGAAAUGCAUUUUCUUUCGGAAAAGACGAAAAGUGCGCUGCAAAGCAAGCAAAACGAUCAAUUUGACACUAAUUUGACACUCCACGUUUGACACAUGUAGUAGUUGUGGUCAGUAGUCUUCGUUGUGAAUGCUUUCUUUCAAACACCUUCUUCCUCUUUCCGAGAAAAGCGGGAAAAGGUUGAAAUUGAAGAGAAAACUAUCGCGAUGGCCUGCAAAAAAAGCUAAAGUGAAUGUAAACAUGGAUUGUUUCUCAUUAAUAAAAGGUCAGUGAAAAGUCAGGGAAAAGUCAGGAAAUUUUUAACUUUCUGACGAGUGGCAACCUAGCCUGCGUUGUAGCCGGCCUACGCACUCGUCAAAACCAUUUGUAUAGUCCUAUACAGAAGGUUUAGAGCGUUUACGACGCAGGCGAGUGGCAACCUUGAUAUUCAUCAAUCACUGUGUCGAAACAACAAUUGUACUCAGUUUCUUUUCAUCUCUAUUUUCUAUUAGAAAGUUUUAAAUGUAUACAACGGGGACAGCAACGCGAACGUAAAAAAGCAAAUAGGAUUUGAUAAGUACAACAAUAAUUUUGCAUGUGCUGAACACAUUUUGGGGCACUUCCUUUACGUCACUGAACGAUUACGACGUUAAGCUUUCCGAUGCGACUUUUUAUGGAGGAUGUACACACGACGUCCAAUUUUUCUAUUACUUUGUGAAUUAGGACACAGUGUUAAUUCAAUUUUUGGAGGAUUCGGCUAUACAGUUGACAAAUUGGGUGAAAUGGAGUACUGGUUAAGUUUUUAAAAAAUAACGCAAAAACACUUUAUAAGUAACGCUUCUGUACCGUCGCCUUUCUAGCAUGGCGGCUUGUUUCGUCGCCGUGUACCUAAACCCUAUUAAGUGAUGGUUUUUUUUAUUAUUAUUUUCAUCGACAGAAGUAGAAGCUGACCGACACUUGUGUAUUGUUAUUGGCCAAGCCAGAGGGGAUAGUAAAAACGUCGCGUCAUUAAAGAAAUCAUGGCCUCGCCCUGUCAAGAUAGUUGUUUCAAGUUUGCUGUUUUGCUGGAAAGCGGACAUUCUUAACAUAAGCCCCGAAUAGUUAGAUACCGUGUUUGCAUUAAUCAUCAUUCUUAUAUUAAUAGUAACUGUUAAAGAACUCCAUUUUCCAAGCACUUUCUUAGUGUUAGCUUUAUCUUAACAGGAAGAAAAUAUUAAGCAAUUUUUGUUUACUUCGACCACUAACGCGAAGGGUAGCUUAAUUGAAUACAAUAGUAGUCAUAAUGAUAUGAAGGUGUUACCGAAGUUCUUGUCUUUUGUUAUUAGUUAGAAUAAAUUAUUAGAAGUUAAACUUGCCUGAAGAAUAGUUCGUACGCGGAAACAAGCCUUUUAGAGUUUUUUGGGGGUUAGGUUUUUAUUGUUUUUAUUCUUUCGAGCUGGACUGUUCAUAGUCCACCAUUUUUCCGUGUGAUUAUCAAGGACGAUUGUUGAAGAGUAUAAAUUGCUCGUGGGUACUGAGGGUAAGGUUGGAUAUAUCACCUCCCAUCCCCAUGGGCCUUUUCUGCGUCGCUCAUUACAAGAAAUAAAGGCAGCGGCCUCUCAAACUCGGCUCUCUAGCUCGACCUUGACAAUCAGAUGGAAAAAUACUGAGGAGAUUAAGAAUGGUGUACUAUCUUAUUUGAAUACUAAUGUUUUAAGGUGAGGUAAAUAUAAUUGAACGUCCUUUGUGACAUUUGUUUUCUUGCAUUAAAAACCGUUAACUAGUACAUGUAGUGUUGUGCGACGUAUUGCGAAUCAGUCACAUUUCAAAGUAAGCAUGAAUUUCCAAGGUACGGGCGAAGCAGUGAUAGUGAAUACAGAUAAGCGACAUCAAUGCUCGUCCCCGAUCCUGACGCCUAAACGUUUAUCAAGCAGAUACUAGCCUUAUUAGAGGGUCCCGAAUAGAUUUUUUGGGAUUCGGGAUUUUAAAAUAAACUGGGGGUGAAAUUCGGGAUUGAAAGUAUGCAAGGGAUAAGGGAUGCCGAAGAUAAGCAUUGGGAUUACGGCAUUUGUGCCGGAUGACGGGAUUAAAGAACCUUAUUGUUUACCCUCUAAGUUCUUUGGCCGCAUUUUUUCUUUAUUUUGAUAAAGCUAAAGAGC